UCACAUGCUCUCCAUGGGCCAAACCAAACACUGCCUCAAUCAGAAGAAACAGCUCAGGAUUCUCCCAAACAAGCGGACACUGGCAACCAUGAACACCACAGCGAUCAAGAGCUUCAAUGGGUCUGAGCCGUGCCCCAGAGACACACGGGUAGCGCAGUUGGUGUUCCCAGCCAUCUACACGGUCGUGUUCGUCCUCGGCAUCCUGCUGAACACUCUGGCCCUGUGGGUGUUCCUUCACAUCCCCAGCUCCUCCACCUUCGUUGUCUACCUCAAAAAUACUCUGGUGGCCGACUUGAUAAUGACGCUCACGCUUCCAUUCAAAAUCCUCUCCGACUCACACCUCGGACCCUGGCAACUCCGGGCCUUUGUGUGUCGUUUCUCUGCUGUCAUCUUUUAUGAGACCAUGUAUGUGGGGAUCAUACUGCUAGGCUUUAUAGCCUUUGACAGAUUUCUCAAGAUCAUCAGGCCUUUUGGAAAAUUCUUCGUCCAAAAACCUGAUUUUGCAAAACUGGUCUCGAUCCUCAUUUGGCUCCUUUUGUUCCUCAUCUCUCUGCCAAAUAUAAUCUUGAGCAAUAAGGAAGCAACACCGUCAUCCGUGAAAAAGUGUGCCUCCUUGAAGGGCCCGCUGGGGCUGAAAUGGCAUCAAGGGGUGAACAACGUAUGCCAGUUCAUUUUCUGGACUGUUUUUGUCCUAAUGCUUCUGUUUUAUGUGGUGAUUGCAAAGAAAGUAUACAACUCUUAUCGAAAGUCCGGAAGUAAGGACCGCAAACACAACACAAAGCUGGAAGGUAAAGUAUUUGUUGUCGUGGCUGUAUUCUUUGUGUGUUUUGCUCCAUUUCAUUUUGCCCGAGUUCCAUACACUCACAGUCAAACCAACAGCAAGACUGACUGCAGGUUGCAAAAUCAAUUGUUUAUAGCUAAAGAAACAACUCUCUUUUUGGCAGCAACUAACAUUUGUAUGGAUCCCUUAAUAUACAUAUUCCUGUGUAAAAAAUUCACAGAACGCCUACCGUGUAUGAGAGGGAAAAAGACCACAGGAUCAACUCAAGAAAAUGAAACCACUCAGACAGAUAAUAUAACUCUAAACUGAUAACUUUAUCAUGACUACUUUCUAUUUACUUCAAAAGAUAAUUGAUUUGGGAAUCAAAUUUAAGCAGUGAAAGAAAAACAGAUGGGAUAAAUGCUUUCUUACAUGUUAUUACCCUGGUUUACAGAAAGGAUUAUACAAAUUUUAAUUCCACAUAGACCGAUUGAUGAGCAGAAUGAAGUAUCAUUCAGAGAAAACAACUGAAAGCAAAGUGGCCGCUAGAGGUCAUCUUUUUGAAAGCAUUCACUUGCAUUUUAGAAAACAUUAUGGGUAAAUGUAAAUUACUAAGAAAGACCCUUCCAAAACACUUUCCCACAUUCUCUGACAUACAUAAGUCAAACAACACUACUGCUUUUGUGCCCUACAGCUGCUGAUACUUGCUGAUUUAAAAACAAACAAACAAACUUGAAAAUCCUUGGAUGAAAGCUGAAGCUAGUAGUUGAAAGGGAUGCUGGAUAUGGAGCAUCUGGGGAGCUGAAACAGGGUCAGAACACCCUGAGAAAGCCUGGAUGAAGGAAUUUCCCCUUAUAAAGAGCCUCUUCCAGUAUCAAGAGUACUGACAUUUCAGUACUCCAUAGGAGGCACAGAUGAUUAUUAAGCCACAUAAAACAUCAUAUUGUAGUGCUUUGCAUAUGUCUUCAGUGUAUAGAAUUUAAGGGCAAGAACACAGGACUGAUACUCUCUGGAAUUCUCCCUCUGCCUGCAAAUACUCUAAUGGCAGUUGAAUAUACCAGCUACUGAACAAACCCUGCCUAGGUCACAACCUCUACCCAGAUGCUCACGCCUCUGGCGGAAACUACUCCUCCUCCCACUGUUUGGGCCCCCGGGGCAGAUUUCCCUUCACUAGUUAGCGAUAUCCCUAACUGCAUCCCUGAAAGAUGACUAGGAUUCUUUAAGAAAGACAAUGUAUUUUAAAGACUGAAACCAUGUCAUGCUUUCUAGGUACCUCCCACAAUAUUCCCCACAGACCAUGAAUUACAACUGUUUGAAAUACAGUAUGUCAUUUUUGUGCCAUUCUGGGCACAUUUAUGGAGGGAAUGCUGACCCACAAUCAUUAGCAUCCAUACUGGGGAAAUUUAGCAAAAGAUGGCCACCUGUUGGUACUUAUUUACCUCUACAUUUCUUCUUGAAUUCCUGUGUGCUUCAAAAAAGCUAAAAUGUGUUUAUCUAGAAUUGUAGACACGGAUUUAUAUCUCUAGAGAAAAUGCACAGAGGAAUAGUCAUGCUCUGUAAAUGUGCCUCUGGCUCCAACACGAUCACCAUAGCUGAAACCCAGUCCUCUUCCCACGUCCUCCAAGGCCCUGAAGGCCCUGGAACUUCCUGACCUUUCUGGCCUUAUCUCCUAACUGCUCUUCCAUCCCUGGAACAUUACACUCUUAUGGAUGUUUGUAACUGUCAAAACAUGCCUUGCUCCUUUUCGUCCCUGGGCCACUCACUGCACAGGUAAAUCUCCCUUUAACCCAAUCAUGAAACCCUAAGAUGCCAUCACUUGGCCCAUGAAAUCUCAUCUGGUCAAUCUCCCACUACCAUCUCAAACCCAAUCAUCCCCUCAUCGGACUGUUGUCACACCUCAAUUAUUGUACUUAUCACGCUGCUUUGUAA